UUGGAGAGGAGAGGAGAAGAGCGAGAUGCGGAGAACGCGGAGAACAACCUGAAGCUGAAACUGGAGCCUGUUUUUCAGGUCCCGUUACUGUUAUUUCUGUCUGCCUGGAAAUGUGGCAUCGGACCCUUGUCCUCUCGUAGCGUCGGAGAAUAAAUGUAAUAUGCUUUGAUUUGAAGAAGGAAAAAUGUCUGAAUUAAAGGAGAGAACGAAACCGGCUGCCAAAAAGAACUCCAAAGAAUGGUGGUUCGCGUUUGGCGUAAUUGUCGUUGCGACGUUGCUCACAAGACUGUACAAAAUUGCGGAGCCUGAGCACGUUUGCUGGGAUGAAACGCAUUUCGGGAAAAUGGGCAGUUGGUACAUAAAGAGGACCUUCUUCUUCGACGUCCAUCCCCCCCUUGGAAAAAUGUUAAUAGGUUUAUCCGGCUACCUGACUGGCUACGAUGGGCAAUUUCCCUUUGAAAAGCCUGGAGACGUUUACGAAAAUGUAAACUACCUGGGAAUGCGACUGUUCUGCACCUUGCUAGGAGCAGCGACCGUACCUUUUGCCUUCGUGACCGUGUGGGAACUGACCGAGUCCCUGGAAGCCUCAUUUCUGGCCUCCACUCUCUUUCUGCUUGAUGUUGGACUGAUUACGCUCAACCAGUAUAUUUUAUUGGACCCGAUUUUGCUCUUUUUCGUCAUGGGAUCCGUGCUUGGAAUGGCCAAAGUUGGAUCUCAGACCUACAAAGCAUUUUCUGCGCAGUGGUAUUUUUGGCUCGUCUGGACCGGCGUGAUGCUGGCUGGUUCGAUCAGUGUGAAAUUCGUGGGGCUGUUUGUGGUGUUGCUUGUUGGUCUGCACACUGCAUCUCAGCUGUGGAACAUUCUCGGCGACACCAGUCAACCACUGACUCAUGUUUUGAAGCACUUUGUGGCCAGAGCUUUGUGCCUGAUUCUCCUGCCAAUUCUGCUUUAUGUCUGCUUCUUCUAUGUCCACCUCAAAGUGUUGAAUCACACUGGAAAUGGAGACGGGUUUUACAGCUCGGCUUUCCAGUCGCAGCUCAUUGGAAAUUCCCUGCAUAAUGCCAGCAUGCCCAGAGAGGUUUCUUACGGAGCUGUGGUGUCGCUGAAGAACCACCGGACGGGAGGCGGCUACCUGCACUCCCACUGGCACCUCUACCCUGAAGGGGUGGGUGCUCACCAGCAGCAGAUCACGGCUUACACGCACAAGGACGAAAACAACAAGUGGGCCAUAAAAUCAAUUGCUGAAAUCGAGCCGGAAGACAAAGACGAGGUUCAAAUUCUGCGGCAUGGGCAGUACGUCCGUCUUGAGCACUUGGUCACCAAGAGAAAUUUGCACUCGCACAAAGAGCCAGCGCCAAUGACGAGGAAACACUUGCAAGUCACUGGAUAUGGAGAGAAUGGAACUGGCGAUGCAAAUGACGUUUGGGUGGUGCACAUAGACGGCGGAGUGAAAAACCAGCCCGUGCUGACAGUCACCAGCAAGUUCCGACUGAUUCAUCACCUGCAGAAGUGCGUGUUGACCACCUCAGGAAAGCAGCUGCCAAAAUGGGGUUUUGAACAGCAGGAGGUGUCGUGCAACCCCAACUUCAGGGACAAGAACGCUCUGUGGAAUGUCGAAGACAACUUUUCGCCCAAAUUGCCAAACGUGACCGUGCAAGUGUACGCGCCGAGCUUUUGGGAACGGUUUCUAGAGUCGCACGCCGUCAUGUUGCAGGGCAACGCCGGUCUCAAGCCCAAGGAGGGCGAGGUCACCUCCAAACCCUGGCAGUGGCCUAUUAAUUACAAGGGUCAGUUCUUCUCCGGCAACCAGUAUCGGAUCUACCUGCUGGGCAACCCUGUGGUCUGGUGGUCCAACCUGGGCUUCCUGGCCCUCUUCUGCAGCGUUUACUUCUUCCAGCUGCUACGGCACCAGCGUUCGCCGGAAGUGCGAAGCCACGAGCACAAAAAACUGGCGGCCGGCGUGUGGCUGCUCGUUGGCUGGGCGCUCCACUACUUUCCAUUCUGGAUCAUGGGCCGCGUCCUCUACUUCCACCACUAUUUCCCAGCACUCAUGUUCAAUUCCAUGCUCUCAGGGGUAAUUAUCAGCUACAUCCUAGAAGUUGUGAAAGAGCUGCUGGCUGAAAAGGUGGCUUUUGUGUUCCGGCACUGCUUGCUUGGUUUAUUUGCCUCGUCUCUGGCAUACAGCUUUUAUCUGUUUGCUCCUCUGGCGUACGGGAUGACUGGAGCUUCUGGAAACGACCCCAACAGCACGAUGCAGUCUGUCCGCUGGCUGGAAUCUUGGGAGUUCUGAUCUUUAUAUUUGCAUAAAAAUCGCUCAUUCCUUUGUCAAAAUAUUUUUCUUAAAGUAUCAUUUUACUCAUAUAUCAUCGUUAACUUAAAAUAAAUUUAAAGAUUUAAUUACAAAUUUAAAA